GGGUCUGGCUAAGUUGCCUCGGCUGGUCUUGAAGGUGAAAUGUGCGAGUGGCUCCCCUGGACAGCGGCCCUGUCCUGAUGAUGCCCUGGGGAACGGACACACUGUUACUCAGCAACUUCCAACAAUAGUGACAUUUCAUCUGCUCCACUGCAGAGCAGCCACGCUCAGUGGCCAGGAAAGGACUGGUGGGUGCUCUGUGCCAAGUUCCCCGGGGGCCUGCCCCGAGCAGUAUAAAGGGCAGGGAGUGAGGAAGCAGCACAGCCACUCCAGCCCAGAGAGCCCGCGCCCAGCAGCCGCGAGCACAGACCCCGGCAUGAAGACCCUGCUCCUGACCCUGGGCCUCAGCCUCCUCUCUGCCCUGCGGGCCCAGACGCUCCCAGUCGGGGAUGAGGAGACCCAGGAUGCGUCAGGCACGUGGUACCUGAAGGCCACGGCAGCAGACAAGGAGAUUCCCUGGAAGAAGCUGGAGUCUGUGACUGUGACCCCCAUGACCAUCAAGACCCUGGCAGGGGGCCACCUGGAAGUCACCUUCACCGUCCUGAUGGGAGGCGAGUGUCGCGAGAUCAGCACUGUGCUGGAGAAGACCGCCGAGCCGGGCAGAUACACAGCCCAUGGGGGCAAGCAUGUGGUGCAGGUCCUUAAGUCCCAGGACGAGGACCACUACAUCCUCUACUGUGAGGGGGACAUGCACGGGCAACAGAUCCGAAUGGCAAAGCUUGUGGGCAGGUACCCUGAAGUCAACGUAGACGCCCUGCAGGAGUUUGAGCAGGUCGCAGCAGCCAGAGGCCUCAACGCAGACAGCAUCUUCAUCCCCAAGCAAAGGGGUAGGGAGAGGGCUCUGCAGGGCUCUCCCCGCCCCAGGAGCUCCAGCCAAGGACGGUUACAAGAGCCAGCUGCAUGGAUCCUGGCUUUGUCCUUUGAGGGGUGGUGGGAAGUGCUGGCCGAGGGCGGGGCCCUGGGUCCCGAUGGAAUCCCAGGCUCUUCUGAAUCGUGUUUUUCUUUCUUCCACAGAAGCCUGCUCUCCAGAGAGUGAUUAGGGUAAGAGACCAGUUUCAGGGGUUAGGAGGACCUCCCAGUCCUGGGGGUGGAGUGAUGGGACUUCAGGGGACACCACCCCUGCUUCUAGGUGGACAGGAGAGCCACCACCUGGCCGGGCAGGUGUGCUCUGCCCCAGGCGUGGCCAGUCCUCGGGUGUUGUCUUCAGGUUUCUCUAGGAUGUCAUCUGGGCAGUGAGGGAACCCGCCAUGGUGACCGCUCCUGGGUGGGGCUGCUGGUGGAGACCGUGGCCCUCUCCCCCAACCCCUCAGAGUGCUUGCCAGAAGGUGGGAAGUCCCUCAGCACCUCUCUGGCCCUCAGUGGUGACACCAUGUGUCCCAUGAGUUGCUUUGAAGGUGUGGCAGCCAUGCCUGGGGACUUCAGAAUCCCUGGUCCCUCGUGCUGUGUGAUGUAGGGAGCUACAGGUCAGAGACUGCCCAAGGUCCCCUGCCCAGGUGUGGGCGGAGCCAGAGUCACACAGCAUCCUGUCCUUCCCUGCCCUCCACUGGCCUGAAGUCACCGUCCCUCCUCCCACACAGAAGAGGAGCUCUGGGCAACCUGCUCUGGCCUCGCGGAUGGAGCCCCACUACUGCAGUCCUCCCUUGGCCCACCUCCUGGGCUCACUGACCUCCUCUUGUUCCCAGGGCAGGGACACCAUGCUCUGCAGGAUCCCCGGGUGGCACCAGCAGGACCUCUGGCCUGGGGGACAUGGAGGGUGGCCCACCUGGGCCCAGCUGGCUCCCCCCACUGCCCUUCCCCCUCGUCCACCCCACCUUCCUGAUUCUCCAUAAAG